AUGAGUGAGUAUCUCCCAGAUGUGAUAGUGGAGGAUAUCCUUCGUCGCCUACCACUUAGAAGCAUUGGAAAAUGCAUGUUAGUGUGCAAAGCAUGGAACAUAAUCAUAAAGAGUCACACUUUUACAUUCUCACACCUUCAACACUCUCUCUCCAAUCCCUCUUCUCCUAUGGUCAUUAUGGGCACCCGUUCCCGUUCAUAUAAAAAGCAGGAUGAGUUUUCCCUAUGCUCCUCCUUCUCUUCCUUUCCAAGAAUAGAAAAUAUCAAACACUCGCUUCCUAAUCCUAAUUAUGCAGCUUCCCUUUUGCAAAGUGUGGGCGCUAUAAACGGCGUCGUUUGCCUCUACAACCUUGACCUUGAAUACAUAUACAUCACAGAUAAUAUCAUACUAUGGAACCCUUUGAUAGAUAGACACCUCAAACUCCCAACCCCACUUUUCACCUUCAAAAAUUUAUACAAAGCAGGACUCGGGUUUGGAUUUGAUUCAAAGAAAAAUGAUUUCAAGUUGUUAAGGAUUGUUUAUCCUAUACCCCCUACGGGAUGGGAUGAUACUCCCCAAAAAGAAAAAAAAGGUGAUGAGUUUUUCUCAUGGAUACCAAAGGUUGAGUUGUAUUCACUCAAUGAAGGUGCUUGGAGAGUCAUUGAUGAUGAUGAUGAUGAUGAUUCUUCAUCACAUGGGUUAUUAAGAAGAAAAAUAUCAGAGAAGACACCUUGCUUUUUCAAUGGGAAUGUGCAUUGGAUUGCUUAUGAUAAAUAUGGAAUAUCUGAUUUUAUAUUGAUCUUCAAUAUGGUGGAGGAAAAGUUCAACCGAAUGGAGUUGCCAGAGGAGGUUAAGAUUUUUCGGUCUUGGGAAAGUUUGGAUGUUUCUGUUAUUGAAGAUUGUCUCUCUCUUAUAGAGUAUAUUGGGGGUUCUGAUUGGGCUGUUCAAAGAUGUAACAUAUGGAUGAAAAGAGAGUCAUGGAAUAAGGUUUAUAGUGUUUAUUUGGAGGAUGGGAUUAUAAAAGUAUUGGGACUAAAUAGAAGUAGUGAGGUUUUAGUGGUAACAAUGCAACAGCGAAAGUCAUUCCAUUUUGUUGAUCUUAAGAAGAGCAUGGGGGUGAAGGAUAUUCGUAUAAAAACAAGUACACAUGCUUGGGCUUAUGAUUACACAGAGAGCCUUCUUUUUCUUGACAAAGAAAACAAUUAA